CAGGCACUGUUAAGAUUACUUCACUUUGUUUUGGGACACGUAGACUGCGUCAAAAUUGCCUGGGCUAAACACACACAUCGGAAACAAUGUCGGCCGAGUCAAUCGCAAAGGACACCACGGAUGAAUCGUUCUACGAGUGUAACAUAUGCCUGGAGACCGCCCGGAAUGCCGUGGUCAGCAUGUGUGGCCACUUGUAUUGCUGGCCAUGUCUGCAUCAGUGGCUAGUGACGCAACCCAAGCGCAAGCUGUGUCCCGUGUGCAAGUCGGCCGUGGAUAGAAACAAAGUAAUACCGCUCUAUGGACGGAACGACACAAGGCAGGAGGAUCCGCGGGACAAGACUCCGCCGCGUCCAACUGCAAAUCGCUCGGAACCCGAAGCGGAGGCUGGACUUGGUCGUGGUUUUCACAUGUCCUUUGGUCUGGGUUUCCCCUUUGGCUCCCUAACAUCCUCUCUGAAUUUGGGCGAGCCACGCAAUGCUGCUCCUAAUCGCGGCACAAGGGUUUUGCCGAUCGAGCAACUCCUUUCCAAGUUCUUUCUCUACUUGGCCUUUAUACUCAUCGCUUGGCUGCUUUUCGCUUAGCAAGUUAGGAAUGAAAUCGAGUUUAACGAGAUGAAGUGGAAAUCGUCAUGAAGUUGAGUGCAGACUAAUCUGUAUAUUCGGGUAGAAGUCGGUGCUUUUUAAAUUAUGUUUAGUGAAUAGCUAAACUAUCAAUGUUUCCAGUAUUGGCUGUAAUGUUGUAAUGCAAUGUAAAACAAAAACUGCUAUUUAAUAGUAAAUAUUUAAUUGCACUGAGAA